AUGUUCGAAAAUUCCGUGGAGGGACACGAAAUCAUCCAGCAAAUAAGGCAUAAUAAUACAACAAGUCUUAAUAUUGAAUAUAAGAAUAUAUCAAAUGAAGGGGCCAAAGUAAUUGCAGAAGAAUUGAAAAUAAAUUCAAGGUUAACAGAUCUGGAUAUUCGAUACAACAAUAUAUCGCAGGAAGGGACCAAAGCAAUUGCAGAAGCAUUGAAAAUAAAUUCAACAUUAACAAAUCUUAAGAUUGGAAACAACAGUAUAUCGGAAGAAGGAGCCAAAGCAUUGGCAGAAGCAUUGAAAAUAAAUUCAACAUUAACAAGUCUGGAUAUUCGAUACAACAAUAUAUCGGAGGAAGGCGCCAAAGCCAUUGCAGAAGCAUUAAAAGUAAAUUCAACGUUAACAAAUCUUAAUAUUGGAAACAACACUAUAUCGGAAGAAGGAGCCAAAACAUUUGCAGUAGCAUUAAAAAAAAAUUCAACAUUAACAAGUCUUAAUAUUGGAAGCAACAGUAUAUCGCAGGAAGGGGUCAAAGCAUUUGCAGAAACAUUGAAAAUAAAUUCAACAUUAAAAGAUCUUAAUAUUGGAAGCAACAGUAUAUCGCAAGAAGGGGUCAAAGCAUUUGCAGAAGCAUUGAAAAUAAAUUCAACGCUAACAAGCCUUAAUAUUGAGCACAGCACUAUAUCGGAAGAAGGAGCCAACGCAAUUGCAGAAGCAUUGAAAAUAAAUUCAGCAUUAACAAGUCUUAAUAUUGAAAGCAGCAGUAUAUCGGAAGAAGGGACCAAAGCAAUUGCAGUAGCAUUGAAAAUAAAUUCAACAUUAACAAGUCUUAAUAUUGGAUAUAGCAGUAUAUCGGAAGAAGGAGCCGAAGCCAUUGCAGAAGCAUUGAAAAUAAAUUCAACAUUAACAAGUCUCGAUAUUGGAAUCAAAAGUAUAUCAAAAGAAGUAGUUCAAGCAAUUGCAGAAGCACUGGAAAUAAACACAACAUUAACACGUCUUUUUAUUGAUACCAACAGCUAUAUAGUUUCUGAAGAGGUUGCAGCAGUUGAAAAAAUAUUGAGCAUGAACGCAAGAUUAACUAGUACUUACAUGACAAGCACACAUAUAGACGGUAGGCCGGACUGGUGA